AUGGUUAUCUGUCCACGUGAUAUAUAUCACGUGUGUGCCACUACACCAUCGCCCUUCUCACACUUCCUUCCAACCAUGGUCUUUUCUCCACUUGUCGAGGACUACGCAACGUCGCUCAAAGAGCUCACGUUCAACUCGCGUCCCAUAAUUGUCAAUCUCACCACCAUCGCCAAGGAAAAUACCGAUGAGGCCGACGGAAUUCUCGCAGCCAUUACCCAUCGCAUCUACCAUUGCAUUCCCGAACACAAGCUUUUCGCUCUUUACUUGCUUGAUCUGAUCUGCAAAACCGUCGGCGCCCCCUACAAUGUGCUUAUUGGCGACGACAUCUUCAAGCUUUUCUCGCAUGUGUAUUUGUUGGUGGACACGCCGACCAGGGCCCGUCUAGUUAAGAUGUUUGAUCUGUGGCGGGUAUUCCGAGUCAAGGGCGGCGCGUUGCCCCUUUUCCCCCUGGCGGAAAUGGAGCGCAUCGAAGCGUUUUUGCAGCAGGCUGGCUUUCGGCGCGCCCCCGCAGGGCCUACGGCUGCGCUGUUGGUGGCGGACAUCGACGCGCUUUUGCCCGCCAUGGAGCGCCGUCUGCGCGCGGGGGGCGACCAGGCGCUUGCGGAACGGUGUGCGGCGCUUGCCGACUUGCGCGCCCUCUUACAGAGCCAGGCUCUUGGGCCAGCAGACUUGGCUGGGGUGCUGCAGAAAUUGGCGCUGAUGAAGCAGCAGGAGCAGAACCAACAGAACCUCGAGACUCAGGCCCACCAGCAGCUGAUGCUGCAAAACCAGGGCCUGCUGUUCCAGCCACAAACGCCAAUCACGCAGCCACAGACACCCUUGCCGCAAACGCCGUCAACAUUGCCGCCAACGCCACAGACGCUUCCAGCACAAUCUCUUGCACCUUCGCUUACACAAACGCCGGUUCCGACCGAGCUGAAGGCCCGUGUGCUUUUCGGCGAAUUACUUGCUUCGGGCUUAGUGGCUGUGGACCAGUCACUCAAGCCAGGCUCUCGGCCAGUGUACUCGCUUGUUUUUCCCCGCCACAAGUACCUGGGCGCACCGGCCACCAAUGCUCUUGAGCAGCUCUUGCUAGAUGCCAGUGGCCAGUCUCAGUAUGUCCAGAUCAAGGUCAAAGAGCUUUCUAAAGUGCAAAAGGCUGCGGCUCCGCUCCAGCGGUUUGUUGCUUCGGGCGACCUUGACAUGCUGACCCUCCAGGUCUUAUACGAGACAAAACUGUCCAAGUGCGCCCAGUGCGGCAAGCGCUUUACUGGCGAUGACGAUGGUGCCGCUCGCAAACGCGUGCAUUUGGACUGGCACUUCCGUAUUAACAAGCGCCUGACCAACCACAAGGCCAACAUUCAAUCGCGCACGUGGUAUAUUUCACAAGACGAGUGGGUGCAUUUUGACGAGUCCUCACUUUCGGAACAGGCGGCUGCGCCUGUGGCUCGUGCUGAGACUGCUGCUGCUGCUCCAACCCGUGCUCAGUACGUUGUUGUGCCUCCGAGCGAGACAAACAUGAACAACACGUGUAUUGUGUGUCGUGAGCAGGUCAAGGCAACAUACAAUGAUGCACUAGGCGAGUGGGUAUGGGACGCGUGUGUAUACGCUCCGGGAACGAAGACGGGUCGGAAGAUUGCCCACGCAGCAUGUUUGGAGGAGACGAGCAGGAAGCGUGGCCCUGACGGUCUACCAGAAGCUAAGAGGGUGCGGGUGUGA